UGCUACUUUUACUAAUGCGGCUGACAGCACAAGGAAGAAUACUACAGUUUUUUACUUUGUCACUCACUUGAAAGAGGAAGUAUUCAUUCUGCUCAGAAUCUUAACAGGAAACACAGGCUAAACCAUUGUUCAGUGGAGUCGCAAACUGUGAAUUUAUAAUUAGAUGUUAUGAGGAUUAUAAAUUAAAGCUGCACAGUUUAUGUGUUUGACAGUUAAAAUCCCCACCCAGGUAUAUUAGGUAGCACUUAUCAUAGACAACUUGGACAGAAGACAGGUUGGUGAGUCUGUAUUUAUGUUGGUACCUGCCAUCUGCGGCUCCACCAAACAAAAUUCAGAAAGAACGGAAACGAAAAAGAAAAAAAGCACGACUUUGUGUCUUCCUGCCACUGAGAGCGAAUUUUGACUGUUCACCUCUGAAGAAACCAGUUUUUUAAAAAGACAAAAACAGAGUUUUAAAGACUUUUGAAGAAAGGAAUCGAGUGUGAAACUGAAUUUUUAACUUCAGCUAAGUUUAUUAGCACAUCCUCUCAUCCUGAGCCACAGCAGAGCUGAAAACAAAACAUUUUGAGACUGAAGAUGUUUCUGAAAAACCUGGAGAUGAAGUGGAAAACAGCCCUGACCUCCAUCUUGGAGGAGCUGGAUGAGGCGCAGUUCAAGAAGACGCUGUCCUACCUGGAGAAGAUACCCCAGGGUGUGAAGGCCGGGAAGGUCAAGGAAGAGAUGCCCCAAAUUAUCAUCCAGUACUUGGGCACAGAAGAGUCCAUCCUUGCAAUAAAUAAAGCCAUGGAUCAGAUCCCCAGGAGGGACGCUGCAGUCCAGGGCCUGCUGCGACCUUUUGUGCACAAACUGAAGGACCAACGCCAGAAAGACAAGAAGAGUCAACAGAAGAGCGGCAAAGCUGACAAGAAGAAGAAACCCCCCAAGAAUCAGAAAGGCGGCGACCAACAGGGCGCUGAAGCCACAGCCGGGCCAUCUGGGCAGAAUCCUGUGCAAUGCACAAACCAGAGAAAAAGGAAGACUGAUGCUGCAGGUCCAGUGAAGCCCAAAGUGGUAAAGAAGCCAAAGAAAGAUUUACCUCUGAUGCCACCUGGACCCAUCAUGUCAUCUCAGACUGAUGCUGUAGGUCCAGUGAAGCCCAAAGUGGCAAAGAAGGCAAAGAAAGAUUUACCCUUGAUACCACCUGGAGCCAUCAUGUCAUCUCAGACUGAUGCUGCAGGUCCAGUGAAGCCCAAAGUGGCAAAGAAGGCAAAGAAAGAUUUACCCUUGAUACCACCUGGAGCCAUCAUGUCAUCUCAGACUGAUGCUGCAGGUCCAGUGAAGCCCAAAGUGGUAAAGAAGCCAAAGAAAGAUUUACCUCUGAUGCCACCUGGACCCAUCAUGUCAUCUCAGACUGAUGCUGCAGGUCCAGUGAAGCCCAAAGUGGCAAAGAAGGCAAAGAAAGAUUUACCCUUGAUACCACCUGGAGCCAUCAUGUCAUCUCAGACUGCUCAAGAUGAAAUACGGAUCUCAGUACCACCAACAGGACAGACACCCACCUGGAGACCAAUUUUCCCAGAAACUGGAUACAGCUACUAUGACCAAUCCCAGGGUGUUUGGAGAGGAAAAUAACACACACUGUGGAGUUUUCAAUGUAAACCUUCCCACUGAUCAAUGCUUUGGGUGAAUUUUAAUUAGGAUUCCUUUGAUUUUUAUUCAAGGCCUGUUUGAAACCUCUGCUAAAAUGCAAACAGCGCUCUUUUAAUAAAUAAAAUCAAAAACUAACCCAUGAAACGUUUUGUUUAUA